AUGUCUUCACAGCCACGAACUUGGCUCAUCACGGGCACUUCCUCUGGGUUCGGCCUCGAGCUGGCCCGCAUCACCAUCAAGCGUGGAGACCGAGUCAUUGCGACAUCCCGCAACCCGGAGAAAAUUCCAACCAUUGACUCGGAUCGGUUUCAUACUGCCCAGCUAGACCAGAAUCAGCCACUGGAGGAAGUCAAAGCUCGCAUUGACAAUAUAUUGGCUACUUUUGGCAGCCAGAUAGAUGUUGUUGUUAAUAAUGCUGCUUACGUCCAGAAGGGUACUGUUGAAGAAUCCACGCCGGAGGAAACACUUCGACAAUUCCAGGCCAAUACUCUGGGCCCCAUGAAUGUUUACCGUGCUAUUCUUCCCCAUAUGCGCGAGAAACGAUCUGGGACGCUAGUUACCAUUGGAUCCAUGGCAGCCUGGUAUCCUAUGCCGAGCUGUAACCUGUAUAAUGCCUCGAAAGCUGCCACCAGGAUUUUCCGUACUGGACUUCUUGAGCCCUCCGCCAAUGUUACGGACUCGACCUCCCGUAUUCCUGACUAUAAAGAAAUGAACGCCACCGCGGAUCGCAACUUCAUUGCCUUUAAUGGUGCUCAGCUCGGUAAUCCAGUGAAAGGGGCGGAGGUUAUCUAUGAUGUGAUAACUUCUUCAGGAUGUGCUCAAGGACGGGAGGUCCCCAGCUGGCUGCCUUUGGGCAGUGAUGCAUCUGUCGAGAUUGCUAAGAGUGCCAACCAAGUACUUGCAGAUAUUGAGACUUGGAAGGAAAUCAGUGCUCUGAGUGACUUUCCCGUGGGCCAGUAA